UUGGCACUAACCUUUGCAAUCGGGAUUAUACCAAGUCGGAUUUAAUUUUUAAGUUUCGUACGUCGGUAAUCUUCCGCAGUGUGAUGAUAUUUUGCUAUAAUAGUGGCUAAAUUCUGUUACUCAUUUUCAGGUUAAAAUUAAAAUUCCGAAAUGAUGUGGACAUGGAUUUGCUUUGCGUAUUUCGUAACAAUUCUAGAGCUGAGCAACGCUUUACCUAAAGAAUUUGGUGUACUUGUUGCUGAAUCAUCAUCUGAAAAAGAAAAUUUCUGUAUGGUAUAUUUUAAAGGACUUUCAGUUGUACCUGAAGAAAAGUCUAAAGCAGAAUUUCACAUUUUAAAAGACGAUACAGAAGUAGACUGGUGCUAUGACCAUCCAGAAAGUGAAUCAAGAGGUAAAAUUGUGUUGUUGUAUAAAAGCAACUGCACUCUUGCUGACCAAGCACGGAAUAUUCAAGACCAAGGGGGAAAAGGAGUUGUUUUUAUUUCACCCAAUCAGAGAGUUGAUCAAUUUCAAAUGAAUGAUACUGAUGCAGAAGAUAUAAAUAUUACUGUGUCAAUAAUAUCUGAAAAAUCUGCUGAACGACUAAAAAAAAUGGGAAAUACUGUCACUGUUCUGCUGUUUGCUCCGUACAUUGUAAAUUUUGAUUUCAGUUUAUUGGCAAUAUGGGUGAUUGCCAUGAUAACUGUUAUUGCCGGAUCUUAUUGGUCUGGAAUUAUACGUUUUGAAAUGUAAGUUUUUAUGUAAUGUAUUUAA